AUGGCAGGAAUCUUCGAGCAGUCACGUAGCGGAGGAACUCUGUUCCUCGGCGGCCAGAAAAUCAGCGGCCAGGACAUUCGCGACCAAAACGUCCUCGCGACCCAAGCGAUCUCGAAUGUCGUCAAGUCGUCCUUUGGACCCUCGGGUCUUGACAAGAUGAUGGUCGACGACAUCGGUGACGUUACCGUAACCAACGACGGCGCUACCAUCCUCAGUUUGCUGGAUAUCGAGCACCCCGCAGGCAAAAUCCUCGUCGACCUGGCCCAACAACAAGACAAGGAAGUCGGAGAUGGCACAACCUCCGUCGUCAUAAUAGCGGCCGAGCUGCUGCGGAGAGCGAACGAGCUCAUGAAGAACAAAAUCCACCCCACCACCAUCAUCACAGGCUACAGGCUGGCGCUGAGGGAGGCGGUCAAGUACAUGAACGAGAACAUCAGCACCAAGGUCGAUGCGCUCGGUCGGGACUCGCUAGUCAACAUCGCGAAGACGUCCAUGUCCAGCAAGAUCAUCGGCUCCGACUCCGACUUCUUCGCCAACAUGGUGGUAGACGGCAUGACUGCUGUCAAGAUGACAAACAACAAGGGCGAGGUCAAAUACCCUGUAAAGGCUGUCAACAUCCUCAAGGCACACGGUCAAAGCGCGACUCAGUCGAUACUGGUCAAGGGCUACGCUCUCAACUGCACGGUCGCCUCGCAAGCCAUGAAGACGCGCAUCACCGACGCCAAGAUUGCCUGCUUGGACAUCAACUUGCAGAAGGAGCGCAUGAAGUUGGGUGUUCACAUCACCAUCGACGACCCGGAGCAGCUAGAGAAGAUCCGAGAGCGCGAAGCUGGCAUUGUCACCGAGCGCAUUGAGAUGAUCUUGAAGGCUGGCGCCAACGUCAUCAUGACUACAAAGGGUAUCGACGACCUCUGCCUCAAGCACUUCGUUGAGAAGGGUGCCAUGGCUGUGCGAAGGUGUAAGAAGGAGGAUCUGCGAAGGAUAGCGAAGGCGACCGGUGCAACCCUGGUCAGCACCCUUUCUGAUCUGAACGGUGACGAGAAGUUUGAGGCAGCAAACCUUGGCCAUGCUGAGGAGGUUUCGCAAGAGCGCAUUUCCGAUGACGAGUGCAUUCUGGUCAAGGGCACCAAGGCUUUCUCAUCCGCAUCCAUCAUCCUGCGAGGUGCGAACGACUACGCUCUGGACGAGAUGGAGCGAUCAGUACACGACUCAUUAUCAGCCGUGAAGCGAACCCUCGAGAGCGGCCGCAUCGUCCCUGGUGGAGGUGCCGUUGAAACUGCGUUGCACAUCUACUUGGAAGAGUGGGCAACGUCAGUGGGCUCUCGGGAACAGUUGGCCAUUGCUGCUUUUGCGCAGUCUCUGCUUGCUAUUCCUAAGACACUUGCCAUCAACGCGGCCAAGGAUGCUACCGAGCUCGUCGCCAACCUCCGAUCACGGCACGCUCUUUCACAGCGGACAGUGAACCCUUCAGACCCUUCGUCGCAAGACGCAAAGCAGCUGGCCAAGUCGAAGAACUACAAGAACUACGGUCUGGACCUGUCAAACGGUAAAGUGCACGACUGCCUAAAGGCCGGUGUACUGGAACCCAGCAUGAGCAAAGUCAAGCAAUUGAAGUCAGCAGUGGAGGCGUGUGUUGCGAUUAUGCGUAUCGAUACCCUGAUCAAGCUGGAUCCAGAGGAGCAAGGUGGAGGUGGUGACGAUGGCCAUGGACAUUAG